AUGCGUGUGCCCCCACCAUCGGUCACACGCUCCUUAGAGCUGAUCGGAAAUACACCAGUUGUGCGCCUCCAACAUGUUGUCCCUAGGCAUUGCGCCCAGAUCUUCUUAAAGAUAGAAUCCACCAACCCCACGGGCUCAUACAAAGACCGCAUGGCAAAGUCCAUGAUUGAAGAAGCCGAACGCCGAGGCGAUCUAAAACCAGGCACGACGAUCGUGGAAGCCACGGGCGGAAGCACGGGCUCGUCGCUAGCCUUCUUGUGCGCAGUGAAAGGUUACCGGUUCCACGUGGUCUCGUCGAAUGCAUUUGCCGCUGAAAAGCUACGGACUAUGGCUGCCUUUGGCGCCAACCUGGACUUGAUUCAUAGCCCCUCUGGCAAAAUCACACCGACCCUUAUACCGUCCAUGAUACGUCGCGCAAAGGAGGUUUCUACAUCAGAUGGGUAUUAUUUCACCAACCAGUUUGAAAACCACGAUGCUCUCGUCGGGUACGAGACCAUUGGCCAUGAGCUGGUUCAGCAAGUUCCUGAGAUUGAUGCGUUUUGUGGUGCGGUUGGUACGGCGGGGAUGGUCAUGGGAGUUGCGCGAGUUCUUAAGGCGAAGCGGCCGGAGACCCAUAUCUCUGUUCUUGAGCCGGCUUCGUCGCCCACGAUUACCCAAGGUCGUCCUGGGACUCAUCAUGUUGAGGGCAUUGGGAUCGGGAUUAUCCCGCCUCUUCUCGAUCGACAACUCUAUGAUGAGGCACUUGCGAUUUCAGAGAAUGAGGGACGGAGUAUGUGCCGCCGGCUGGCUAGGGAAGAAGGACUGCUGGUCGGGACGUCAACUGGUCUCAAUGUUGUGGCUGCAAUUGAACUAGCGAGGAAGCUAGGUUCUGGGAAGACAGUCGUCACCGUAGCGGCGGACACGGGUCUUAAAUAUUUGAGGGGGAACUUGUUUGCGGAUCAGUAA